AUGCGGCUAAAGAAAAAUGAAACAAUUGAUAAAGGUUUGCAAGAGCAAAUUAAUAGAGAGAAAGAUUAUUGGCGGCAAGUAUUGGUUCGAAUAAUUGCACUUGUGAGAACUCUUGCACAACAAAAUUUGGCAUUUAGAGGGGACAAUGAAACACUUCAUAAAGAUGGAAAUGGAAAUUUUUUGAAGUUCAUUGAAAUGGUUGCAAUGUUUGAUCCCAUAAUGCAAGAGCAUGUUCGAAGAAUUGAAACAAAAGAGAUUCAUUACCAUUAUCUCGGUAACAAGAUUCAAAAUGAAUUGAUUAAUUUAUUGGCUGGUGAAGUCAAGAGGGCUAUCGUAGAAAAAAUAAAAAAAGCAAAAUACUUCUCUGUUAUACUUGAUUGUACGCCUGAUGUAAGCCAUAAAGAGCAAAUGACUCUUGUGAUACGAUGUGUGGACGUUACUGUAAGCCCAAUAAAAGUUGAGGAGUUUUUCUUGGAGUUUCUGAAAGUGGAUGAUACAACAUGA